CACGCACUUGCUCAUUUCCCCGGGCUCCGACCUCCACCUGCCUCACCUUCCCAACUUCAACGAUGCUUUGCAAUGAAGAACCCGAUAAUGCUCGAGCUCGCAUCCCUCCGACGGAACCACGAGCUAUUGGAGCAAGACGAUGCGGAGAAUAAAGAUAUAGCACCGCCGAGAAAGCCACAUGGUGGGCGCUUUGGGGGCUGGAAAGCGACGAUGUGCCUGGGCGCUACGACAAGUGUCGUCGUUCUGAUUUUGAAUCUCGUGAUGCUCCUGUGGGCGACUUUGCGCCAUUCAGCGACUGAAUCCGUCUUAUUCUCUGGCAAUUGCGACCGUGUAAAGCAGAUCAGCGCGGGGAUUCACUUCUUGAUUAACAUACUAAGCACGCUACUCCUCAGUGCCAGUAAUUAUGCUAUGCAAUGCCUAAGCGCACCAUCACGAGGAGACUUGGACCGCGCCCAUGCGAAGCAUAAAUGGCUCGACAUAGGCGUUCCCAGUCUGCGAAAUCUAAGCAGAAUACCAAUCACUCGAUCGCUGCUUUGGUGUUGUCUGGUUUUCUCCUCAGUUCCGCUUCAUUUGUUCUACAACUCAUCCGUCUACUCCACAAUAUCAGCCAACGCCUACGACGUAUACGUCUCAAACUCAAGUUUUCCAACACUCACACUCGAACAUGUUACCCUUAUCUAUGAUGGAGCGAACGACAUGCUCUUGGACUAUGCACCAGCUCGAAGACUUGUCAAGCAAGCGAACAUUCUCAAAAGACUGUCGAUCCAGGAUUGCCUCGACGCAUACGCGACAAAUUUUCAAUUACAGUACGGCAGCGUCGUCUUGAUCAGCGACGGCUUCAGCGGCGUGAACUCCUCCAUCAGCAGGGUCUACAGCCAACAGGUCCCCUCACCGCAUGACGAUCCAGAAAUCGACCCCUAUCGAUGGAUCUGUGCUGACCGGCGCGGGAUGGCCUUGGAACAGCCGUGCUCCCAGUAUCUUUCUGAUAUCCGCUUGCGCGAUGAUUGGGUUGUGUACGGAUACAAGGUGAACUAUUGUCUAGCCGACAUGGAGGGCGAGAAGUGCACGCUUGAAUUUAGCCUGCCGCUCGCUAUAGCAGUUACUGGGGCCAACUUCGUCAAGGCUGUUCUUAUUGUCCUUGCCACGGUUCUUCUGAGCGGAGCGCCGAUCUUGACGGUUGGUGAUGCGAUUGCGUCUUUCUUGCGCUCGCCUGACAAUAUGACUGAGGACAAUUGUCUCUUGAGCCGAGAGUUAGUCGCGUUGAAGAGCAAGAACAAGAAGGUUGCGCUGUUCUCGUCCACUAUGCAGAAAGUGGCGACAUCUUUAACCUGCAAGCUCGGUGCCCUCGGAGUCAAGGUUCCCAGUACGUUCCGCUUUGGGUCGUACACGGCUCAGCAUCCGGAAGAAUCGCAGAAGCCGGCAGUGUACAAUGCCACGCCGAAACGACGGUGGUCAUCGCUAUCACUCACCCGCUGGGUACUCUGCCUAUCUAUCUACACAUCUGCUCUAAUCCUCUGCAUCGCCCUCUUAAUCCACGGUGUCACCCGCCUAGAUGACCAAUCCGGCCUGUGGACGUCCGGCCUCGCGUCCAUAAACACAAAAACAAUGGUCGACACCCUCAACUGGCCCGGCGGUCUAAUCCCCAACACGCUAAUAGCCAACAUCCCGCAACUCAUCUUCUCCGCCCUAUACUUCAUGUGCAACGCCAUUCUGACGAAUAUGGCCCUCGCGACGGAAUGGGACCGCUUCGCGAUAACCCGCAAGGGACUCCGCGUCAGCGCACCGCCGCAGGGCCACCAGCGCAGAACGCACUUUCUAUCGUUGCCGUAUCGAUAUGGGGUGCCGCUUAUAGCACUCUCGGCGUUGCUCCAUUGGCUUAUGUCGCAGAGUAUCUUCCUUGUUAGGAUAGUCGUCUAUAGGGACGGUGAGCGCAGGCCGAGUGGUGAUACGAUGACGGUGGGAUACUCGCCGCCGGCGAUUGUUAUCGGGGUAUGUGUUGGCGUGCUCUUGCCCGCUGGGCUGCUUCUCACCGGGAGACGGAGGUUUCGGUCGGGCAUGCCGGUUGCGGGGAGUUGUAGUUUGGCUAUAGCUGCUGCUUGCCAUCCUCGUUCUGCGGAGACCAGGUCGGAGGGGAUCGAGUAUGAGCGGCUGAAAUGGGGUGUCGAGCCCUGUGAGGAGGGAGAGGUUGGGCACUGUGCGUUCUCGGGUGCGAAGGUUGAUAAGCCUGUGGAUGGGAUGGUGUAUCAAUAAAAGCGCUAUUUACCACAUUAUCAACCACUUCACUCUAUAUCAAUACCCGCCAGAAUCGUGGCGUGGAGAGCACCGGAUGCGGCGAAUGUCAUGGGUGCACCAAGCGCACCGGCCACUAGCCAAAGGGAGCCUUGACUAACGACGGAGAAGGCGAGUAGCGCUUAGUAGAGGAUCCAUUGGAGAAGGGCGUAUUGCCCGCUGAUGAGGUUGAUACAUUCGACUUGACCUGCGUCUGAGGUGGCAUUGUACCAGAGAAAGCUGCUCGAGGCGGCCAUCUGAGGGAGAAUAGUUAGUAAACAAUGAAGAAAAAGUGAAGGUGUAGACGGCAUUUUCUGCCAUUCCUAUGUGGCGGGUCUAAGGAUGAUUCCGAGUCAAGUCGAAAGCGCAUGUAGGGCCGCCGCUAUAUGAAUUAUUUUCGCUACUGGGCAAACAGGGGUCCCAGGCACAGCCUCAUAGCGGG